CCAGGAUCUGGGGUAGUCUCAGGAGUUCUUCCACAUGUUGGUGAAGGGUUUACACAAAAGUGACCAAGGUUUUCAGCUCAACAGCUAACAAUGAAGAAAGAAAUAGCUGCGGUGGUGUUUUUUCUGAAGCGACUGAUAAAGAAGGCUGGAAAGUUGGACGCAGAGAAAGUGGACCAGUUUGUGGAACGUUUGACGGUGGCGCUACAGGAGAAGUAUAAGGGCCAUUGGUAUGCUGAUAACCCAAGCAAGGGCCAGGCUUACAGGUGUAUUAGGGUGAACAGGUUUCACAGGGAGGACCCAGAGCUGUUGAGAGCCUGUUUAGAAAGUGGUGUGUUGUAUAAGGAUCUGGGCCUGCCUAAAGAAAUCACUCUUUGGGUGGACCCUGGAGAGGUGUGCUGCAGGUAUGGUGAGAAGAACUUAGCUUUUACCGUAGCCAGUUUUUCAAGCGAUGAUGAGGACGAUAAAGAAGAUGUUACUAAGAAGGUGACGAGCGCUGUUGAGAGGGUCACGUCGGACUACCACUCGGGCUCUUCCUCGGAUGAAGACAGCGGCUCUAGGGAAGCCCGUUUCACCCCUCCCUUCGGCCCCAGUCGAGUUCCAUGCAAGUUAAUGUACCCUGGAGUUCCCAUGUGGCACCCAGUUUUCAAGAAGAAGAUUGGCCCAGCCAAAGGGCACGGACCACCGCGGCCUCACUAUACGUUCCGGCCCCCGGGUAGACCCAACCCCCCCUACAGACCAAACGGCUGGCAACAGCAUGUGUAUCCAAGCAAACAUAGCUACUGGGGCAGCACUCCCAAUCUGACACACACUCAGUGACCACUGUAGCAAUGUACUGGGCUUAAGGAUAUACAGCACGUUAACA